UGGAGCAGAGGUGACGGGCGGCCCCGGAGCCGUGAGGAAACCCAGAACCGCCGUCCCCAGAGGCCGGGCCAGCCCGGCUACCCUCCCAGUCACCUUGCACCGCGUCCCAAGCUGCCAGAGUCCCCGCCGCCGCCGCCGCCGCCCGACUUCCGGCCCUGGCCCCGCCUCCACACGCCUACCCGCCGGCGCGGUGCAUUGUGGGCGGCCGCCGCAGUCGUUCGACGCUCACCGGACAGGAAGCGCCUGGGAAGACGGCCUGCGACCGGACGCCUCUAGGACUGAACAUUUGAAAUACUUCAGCCAUGACUAAGAGAGAAGCAGAAGAACUGAUAGAAAUUGAGAUUGAUGGAACUGAGAAACCAGAGUGCACAGAAGAGAGCAUCGUGGAACAGACCUACGCUCCAGCUGAAUGUGUAAGCCAGGCCAUUGACAUCAAUGAACCAAUAGGCAAUUUAAAGAAGCUACUUGAACCGAGACUACAGUGUUCUUUGGACGCUCAUGAAAUUUGCCUGCAAGACAUUCAGCUGGAUCCAGAACGAAGCUUGUUUGACCAAGGAGUGAAAACAGACGGAACUGUACAGCUUAGUGUACAGGUAAUCUCUUACCAAGGAAUUGAGCCAAAGCUAAACAUUCUUGAAAUUGUUAAAACUGCGGAAACGGUUGAAGUGGUCAUUGACCCAGAUGCCCACCAUGCAGAAGCAGAAGCGCAUCUUGUUGAAGAAGCCCAAGUGAUAACACUUGACGGCACCAAGCAUAUCACUACUAUCUCUGAUGAAACCUCAGAGCAAGUGACGAGAUGGGCUGCUGCCCUGGAAGGCUACAGAAAAGAGCAGGAACGCCUCGGGAUCCCCUACGAUCCUAUACAGUGGUCCACAGACCAAGUCCUGCAUUGGGUAGUUUGGGUAAUGAAGGAGUUCAGCAUGACUGACAUAGACCUCACCACACUCAACAUUUCGGGAAGAGAAUUAUGUAGUCUCAACCAAGAAGAUUUUUUUCAGCGGGUCCCUCGGGGAGAAAUUCUCUGGAGUCAUCUGGAGCUUCUUCGAAAAUAUGUUCUGGCAAGCCAAGAACAACAGAUGAAUGAGAUAGUUACAAUUGACCAGCCUGUGCAAAUUAUCCCAGCAUCAGUGCAGUCGGCUACACCAACUACAAUCAAAGUUAUAAACAGUAGUGCAAAGACAGCCAAAGUGCCGAGGUCCCCAAGGAUUUCAGGGGAAGACAGAAGCUCCCCCGGAAAUAGAACAGGAAACAAUGGUCAGAUCCAACUGUGGCAGUUUCUGUUAGAACUUCUCACUGACAAGGAUGCUCGAGACUGUAUUUCUUGGGUUGGUGAUGAAGGUGAAUUUAAGCUAAAUCAGCCUGAAUUGGUUGCACAAAAGUGGGGACAACGUAAAAACAAGCCUACGAUGAACUAUGAGAAACUCAGCCGUGCGUUACGGUAUUAUUAUGAUGGAGACAUGAUCUGUAAAGUUCAAGGCAAGAGAUUUGUGUACAAAUUUGUUUGUGACUUGAAGACUCUUAUUGGAUACAGUGCAGCAGAACUGAACCGCUUGGUCACAGAAUGUGAACAGAAGAAACUUGCAAAGAUGCAGCUCCAUGGAAUCGCCCAGCCAGUCACAGCUGUAGCUCUAGCCGCUGCCUCUCUGCAAACAGAAAAGGACAAUUGAAACCUGGGACCUCCCAGGCGUCUAAGGCUUUUCUUAAUAUUUGGAGCAAGCUUUGCUCUCACCUUUAUUAUUGAAUUUGAAUCUUAUUUCUAGACUGUUCAAUCUGAUGCAUGAUUUUUUAUAAAUAUUUCAUACUCUUGUGAAUUUGGAUCUUUUUACUUUGAGCAUAUAUUUUAGAAAAUGUGUGUUAAAGAAUCUCCACGAUGCCUGAAGUGUGAGAGCAGGUUCAUCGUGGGAUAGUUUGCUAACAGUCAGGAAAGCUAAACUGGUCAGUAUUAAUGUCUAGCCCUACCAAAAACAGCCAGUAGCGUCUGAAGAUGACAGUAAGGAAACUGUUUCCUCUCUGCUGCUUUCCAUAGAGCCUGAAAAAGGAAAUUCUCAGCUAAGCAUGUGUGCCUGUUUCACCUAAUCAAGCAGAGCUAAAUGUUCAUGUCAAAUAAAAUUAUAUUGAUAAUUACUAUCAGGUUAUUAAUUUAUAUAUUCACAAGUAAAGAAGAGGUUAAGUAGCAGAAGAAGAGAGUGUUGAUGAGACCCAGUUCUAAAGCUGGCUUAACUCAAGCCAUUCUUAAUGCUUUUCUGUAUCGUUUAUCCAUUAUGUCAGGCCGAGGAUAUAAAUUAUUUUGAGAGAGGCGUUUACUUCUUAUAAACCAGCUAUUGCAAAAAUUCCAAAAUGACAUUAUUCUUUCAGAUUUUAAAAAGCAUACCUCAGUAAGAAAAACUUGGUUUAGUUUUACUUCUUUUUUUUAAAACUAAUCUAUAGUAGCAGAUUAUUAUGCAGUACCAUUUAUAUAUUCACUUUUGUGUUUGGUAAAAUGAAGACUUUAGAUCAGACGAAAGUACUUAACCUUUGAAGAUGUUAGUAAAUUACUAGUGAAUAGUUAUAAAAGGAUGUUUGACUUGGCGCUGUCAGUGAUCUUUAAAUAAACUUCCCCACUUGUUUCAUUGUUUUCCUUUUGAAUAUUGCAUAUGUGUCUCUAAAAAUAUUAGAUGUAGCCAGCUAAUCACUUCCUGCAUGUAUGAAGUGAAGACAUAAAGAUGUUCAAAAGGGAGACUUAUUUCUAAAAUCUUUAAAUAUUAUAUGGGAUGCCUUACUGCUUGCUAACACUAAGAAGAAAUGACUAGAAAAAUCUUUUUUCUUUUGUUUUAAAAUAAUAUGCAUAAAUCAUGAUACAGAGACUAGCAAAUAGUUUUCAUAGCAGAAAGGUGUUCUCAGAAGAGUAUAAAGGCUACUUUAUGCAACUCUUUUUCUUUCAGCUCAUGCCCAGAAAUGGCUUUAAAAGAACCCAUUUGAGAUUGCAGCCUGGUGGUAUUGCCAGAAGUAAGCAGUGGCCUGGCGUGUCAGGGACGAGAAAGAAGGGUAGCUCAUCCCGCUGCCAGACUUCAGCGACACUGUUAGUGCGUGUGCACCAAGUCCUUUAAGGUUCUACAGUACAUACUUACAAGCAAUUACAUUUUUACUUUUUUAGAUAAACAGGCUGGCAGAUACCAUUACAAUUUGAUCUCCAUGAUUUUAAGACUAUCUGAGUGUAAAAAUGGUCUUGAAUUCCUGACUUAAGAUAACAAAUGAGCAGCUGUAAAGGAGGCUUUUCCCAUUUUGGGAAACCAGUCACUGUUUCAAAACAGGAUGUCUCCAUAGUACAUGGACAGCUUGAGGAUUUACAGGUGCAAUGUUGAGGACAGGCUUUGUGUUUCUUUGGUAGAAAUGUAGAUUUUUAAGGAAAGGAACGUCUGCAUUUCUAGAUCCCAAAAAUCUAGUUAAGCGUUUUCAAAUGUUCUGUUUUGUUUUGUUUUUUUUAAACAACAGCAACUGUUCUGUAGAUUUUCUUUCAUUGGUAGAUUUUGUUUUAGUCAUUAUUUGAACAGAGUUCUCAGAUGUGAAAUGCUCAUGUCUCUUCACCUCCUUCUAUGCACCCCACGCAGGAAGUGAGAGGGUUUCUCCUUGACUUUCUCCACUUAGAUAGAAAACAUUUGUUGUCCUUAUGUGGCCACAGUUUGCUAGUCUUUUAUUAAAAACAACUCAUGUUGUGAGAGAAAAUAUUAAUUUGUGGUAUUCUUUGCUCAGUAUUGUCAUACACUUUUCAUAGAAUUUAAGAUACAGUGGGAUAAAAAGAAAAUGCAAUUGUUUGACCGUCUUUUGUACCUUGUAAGUUCACAAGUGAUGAAAUGUUCACUUUUGUUUUAAGACAGCUUUUCCAGGGGAUGUUUUCACAAAGCUCAUUUCUCUGUGUGCUAGCCUGAAGUUUGAACAUUGUGUUGGCCUUGGAAAAGUCCAGCUGGUCAGGCAGAGUUGCUGUAUGUGCUUGAUCUCUGCAUGAUCAGUUAACUGGCUACAUUCAUUUUGGUGUCAAUCUAUGUAAAUAAAUUAGGAAGAAAUAUUUAAUUUUUCUCCCCAGAUAUGUGGUGAUGCUCAAGUAUGGUUAUUUCUUUUAAGGAGUGUACCUCCAAAUAUUUAUGGCAAGUUCCGUCGUUUCUGCAUUUGCCAUUUAUCUACUGCUUUUUAUAAAGAACUAGUGUAUCCUUGAGAUAGCACAAAAACGUUUUAAGAUUUAUAACUGCAAACUAAACCUGUGACUGACUUAAUGUCUUCGGAUCUAUAGGCUAUAAAAAUGUUAUUUCAAUAUUUCACUUAUUCCCAAGAAAAGAAGUAUUCUCAGUCUUUUGUAGAAGGGAGGAGAAUUUUUGCAUACAUUUUUACUCUUUAAAUAAAGACACUUAUACUAUCAUAAUAACAA